AUGUCUGGACGUGGAGGAGGCAAAUCGAAAAGCGGAGGGAAAAUCAAGUCAAGAUCAUCUCGAGCCGGACUUCAGUUUCCAGUGGGACGUGUACACCGCCAGCUUCGCAAAGGGAACUACGCCAGUCAUAUUGGAGUGCUCGAACUGGCCGGGAAUGCAGCUCGCGACAACAAGAAGACCCGCAUCAACCCUCGUCAUAUCCAGCUGGCCGUACGCAACGAUGAGGAGUUGAACAGGCUGCUUUCCGGUGUUACAAUUGCUCAAGGUGGUGUUCUACCAAACAUCCAAGCUGUCCUUCUCCCCAAGAAAACAGCUGCCGAAGCAAAAUGA